GUGGUUCUGCUUUUCAUAUGAGUGACUAGACGUGGCAUUAGCCUGUCAACUCCUUUCGAUGCCCGCCAUUUUCUGCUUAUAGCGAUUACCGGAACAAAUUCCAUACAACCUGAUUCAACAUGGGAAACAUAUUUGCAAAUUUGUUCAAAGGCCUCUUUGGCAAAAAAGAAAUGAGGAUAUUGAUGGUUGGACUAGAUGCAGCUGGUAAAACAACUAUACUAUACAAACUGAAAUUGGGAGAAAUAGUCACUACAAUUCCUACCAUAGGCUUUAAUGUAGAAACUGUUGAAUAUAAGAAUAUAAGUUUCACUGUGUGGGAUGUUGGAGGUCAAGAUAAAAUUCGACCACUGUGGCGACAUUAUUUUCAGAAUACUCAAGGAUUAAUAUUUGUCGUAGACAGCAAUGACAGAGAACGUAUUGGGGAAGCUAGAGAAGAACUAAUGAGAAUGCUAGCAGAAGAUGAACUAAGAGAUGCAGUUCUUCUGAUAUUUGCUAAUAAACAAGAUCUUCCAAAUGCAAUGAAUGCAGCAGAAAUUACCGAUAAACUUGGCCUCCAUUCCUUACGAAAUCGCAACUGGUACAUCCAAGCAACUUGUGCGACCAGUGGUGAUGGGUUGUAUGAGGGAUUAGACUGGCUUUCGAACCAGCUUAAAAACCAGAAAUAGCCAGCAAUCUUAAGAACAAUUUCACAUAGUGGACUUUGAGGACCUGAACAUGGGGAAUUUUUUCAAAAGAAAAAGUAUUUUGUAGGGAAUAUGAAUGAAAAUAGUGCCAGUGUUUGCAGCAGUGUUGCCCUCAUUUCUGAGCCUUUGACCAAAUGUGCCCUGUAUUAAAACUUGAUUCCUCUAUUUAGAUUAUUUUUGGUUCAAGGCUUUUUGAUCAGGGUGAUGAUAGCCUGCAAUUGUAUUUAAAAGGAAAUUGCUUUGAGAAAAUGGAAAAUUGUUUGUAAAUAAAUAUGAAUUAUAUUAAAAUGACUGCUUCGUGUUUAGGGCCCAAAUGAUCAUUCAUUUAACAUUGUAAUUAAGAUGUCUUAUUACACUGAUGUAUUGUUUAGCUUUUAAGAUAAUUUAUCGCAUACAGGAGUUUGCUCAUGUUUUGUCUGUGUUGGUGAAUGUGACAAGUAAAUGAGCUGGUACUCGUUUCAUCCAACUAUAGAUAGUUCACUACUUGAUUAAAAUGUUUCUUGUAAUUUUUCUUCCAAUAAAAUGUAUAAAAUACA